AAGAAGGAGAAAGAAAGAUUGUUGCUGGUGGAUGACAGAGAGGAAACGGUGGGGAGAGAGAACCUUGCACCAGCCUUUAGUAGCAAAGACAGAGGAGGAAAGGAGGAGAAACAGAGGGAAGAGGCCACCUCAAACCAAAGCCAAAUGCAGUCUAUUACCUCGACGGAGCCAGCACAGCUCUGCCUCCUGCACAGUUAUGGCCAGUGGCACUCUGAACAAUAACACCCUCAUCACUUCUUCCUCUUCUCCAAAAUGCUCUACCUUUUUUUCCUCGUCUCCUUCCUCAGAGCGAGACAGAGAUGAGAGAUACAGGAAGAGUGCAGUGCAGUAGUCCUAGUUUUCCUCUGAGCUUUAUUAAACCCCAGAAGUCAGCCCUGCCUGAGUCCACCAGCACACCUGUUACAGAUGAUAGGAGGGCAGACACCACUCACACUUCCCUUAUUGCCAAUGGAGACACCGCCAAAGUUCCAAAACCAAACAACAACCCGAAAGAGACAGAUGGAAAAAGAGAGGGAUAUGGAGAGAUAGAAGGAGAUAAUGAUAGAGAGGGAGAUGAUAACUUAAAGACCGUUUCUAAUCACCUCCACCCCUCUCCGUCCUCUCCUGGCUCACUGAACAGUCACAUGGCCUUGAUAUACUCCUGGAACUCCUGCAAGAUACUCAAAUGCCCCAAAUGUAACUGGCACUACAAGUCCCAGCAGACACUGCAUGCCCACCUCAGAGAAAAACACCCUGCAUCUGGGGGCUUGUGUGUGUGUGUGGGGGGGCUCGGGGGAGAAGUGUGUGUGUGGAGGGUCAAGGGGUGUGUGUGUGUACUGUAGCACGGGGAAGGCCCACCCUCGUCUGUCCCGGGGAGAGAGUUAUGUCUGUGAGUACAAGCCCUACCUCUGUGGUGUGUGGGAUUACACAACCUCCUCUAAAGGAAACCUCAGCAUACACAUGCAGUCAGACAAACACCUCAGCAACGUACAGGUAGCAGGACACACACACCCUGCGCACGGCACACACACACACACUCCGCACACAAUGGGGGCUACACUGUCAGAGACACGGCAGGCGAACAGGGCUACGGACGCACACACCCCACAGUCACACAGCCCCCUGCACACACAACACACCCUACCCCAGCCAGCCCCCUUCCCAGGGUAAGAGGUGGCGGUGUGAGGUGUGUGAUUAUGAGACCAGCAUUGCCCGGAAUCUUUGCAUACACAUCACCAGCGAGAAACACAUGCCUAACGUGCUGCGCCUGAAACAAACACACAACGUGUUGCAGAGAAGCUACUACCUGGCCCACUGCAGGUGUCUGCCUCCUCAACUCACACACAGCAUAGGGGAGAGACCACACACACACAUACUCAAUAACUGUUCUGUUGGGCUCUGUUCACUGGCACAUCAAGUUAGGUUGAUAGUUGAUUAUAUCCAUGCUUAUAUGUACAGUAUGUUUUCUCACGGCCUGUUUGUGUGCUGUGUAUUCUAAGUGGGGAACAGUCUUUGGAUAUGCAUCAACUAUCAGCAGAGGAGCCAGUCGCCCCGGAUUCAAUCCUGAACCCCUCCCCCUCUCAUCCUCCCUCCUCCUCACCAUCCCCUUCUCCCCCUCCUCCACUGUCUCUCUCCCCCUCUUCUCCUCUUUCCUGUGGUGUGUUCCAGUGCCUGGUGUGUUCCAGUUUCUCCUCUGACAGUCUGGAGUCUCUUAUGUCUCACCUGAGUGCCCCCUGCUCCCUGCCCCAGUCUGAGUGGCGCUCUCUGGUGGCUGGAGGCUGCUACUGCAGGCUGUGUGGCUACAGCACCCCCCUCAGGGCUAACUUCACCCUGCACUGCCAGACAGACAGACACAGGGCCCAGUACCAGCUGGCUUCCCACCUCUGGGAGAAGGGGGAGGCCGGGGACAGGGAGGAAUUUGGGAAGUUGGUUGCUACAGGCAACCCAGUUCAGCUGAAGUGUAACUUGUGUGACUUCCAGACCACCAGCUUGGAGAAACUGAAAAUACACAGCAUCAACACCCAACACCAGGCCAGCCUCAGAGUCUACAGGUUCUUACAGCAGUAUGACAGUGCAGUAGAUGGAGGGUCCUGGUUGUUCCACUGUGUCCUGUGUAACUACUCCUCCUGUUCUAAACUCCACCUAUUGAGACAUACCCACUCCCCUGGUCAUCAGAAGAGGGAGCUUCAUUACUUGCAGUUAGUGAGAGGGAGGAGCCUGGAGGAAGGGGAGGGGCUAGCGGCUACUUUCACCAUUAGGAAGUGUCCCAGUCCUGAGACAGGUGGAUGCAUUGAGGAGGAGGGGGAGAAGAGAGAUUCCCUUUCUCCAGCCAAGCGAUCGUUCUCUGGGUUGGAGGAGACACAGAGCCCCCUCUCUCCCAAACGCCCCAGAACAGACCAGCGCUCUACUCACCAACAGGCUACUGGCAAGUGCCCACUGUGCCAGGACACACUGGUAUACACACACCUGAGACGCCACCUCAUACUCACACACAGUGUGGUCCAGGACUGUGUGGACAAGCUCAUGAGUGUGGUGGCAGUGGAGCUGCCAGAUAUUCUGCAGAAAGAGACACUGCAGAUGGAGUCCCACUCAAAUAUAAAGGAAUCUCAAACAAACGAUUGCAACACAAACAGCUCUUACACGAAGGAAUCCCUCACAAACGAGUCUCAAACAAACGACUACCAUACAAAAAAAGAAAAAGUAAUCACCGCCAAAGAUGUCCCUGCUCUUCUGACUCCUCCCUGUGAGGACCAGCACCCAGCAGAGGACAACACCUCUCACCUCCUUGAGUCCCCCAGCUCUCCCCCUUCCCCACCCACUCUUUCCUCUCUCUCCCCCAGCAUCCUCCCUUCAUCCACCUUACCCCUGUCUCCUCCCAGUGAUGCCCCUCCCCCCUCUGAUUGUCAUGGUUACAGGUUUCGCUGCGGCAGGUGCAGUCUAGCGGUUCGAAGGCAGAACCACGCCAUGAGGGCGGCGACAGAGUGCCACCUCUGCCCCAGACGGUGCCGCAGCCAAGAGGCCCUGCAGAGACACCUGCUCAACACACACCUACAGGGUACAUACCCUGACCAGAGUGGAGCACACAUCCAACAACCAAUCAGCCUGGAGGGGGAGGAAGAGGAGGGGGAAAGUAGGAGUGAAGAAGAGACAGGUAAGAAAGAGGAAGAUGAUGAGGAGGGGGAGGGAGAGCGGGGAAAGGGAGAGGAUGAAAAGGAUGACCCAGAUGAGGAGGAGGAGAGGCCCAGUUCAGGGGUUGGUGACAGUGACCAGGGUUCAAGGCAGCAGGAGGAGGAGGAGGCAGGGUCAGAACCCAACCCCUUCAGCAAGGGCUCCAACCCCACUCUGGAGCGUUUUUUGGACCCGGCUCAGCCCUACAAGUGUUCCUUCUGCUGUGAGUCCUUCACUCAGAGAUCCAUCCUGCCGGUCCUCUAUAACUCUCUGUCCCACCGUGCCAGAGCCAGAUGGGUCCUGCAGGACUCCAGACCCAGUUCCCCUGACACCCGCUGCAGCCCGGACCCAAGUUCCUACCGCUGCAGAAUGUGUCGGGUGGCUUACAGCCAGAGUUCCGCCCUGGACAUUCACCUCCGCUCUGUACUGCACCAGACACGAGCCCGUGGAGCUCGGACCCAGCUAUCACUGAAACCCCACACCCUCCAAACCCUAGUUCCAGCCUUGGUUCAGACCACUGCCUCCAGCCGUUCACCAGGGGGAGGAGAGGUAUCUACCAGGGGCAGCCCCCCAACAGCCACCAGAUCAGCCCCUUCCUCCCCAAGUCCCUGUUCCUCCCUCAGUGAAGCCCAGCUGAGUGUGGGUGUCUCUGGGAAGGUUGAGGGCCACCAGGCUAAGAGGCGGAGAGUAGAGGACCUGACAGCAUCUGGAGGACAGCAGGACCUAACGUUACUCCAACAGCAGUUAGCCCAGGCCCAGAUGCUACAACAGCAACAUAAGUUAGCCCAGGCCCAUAUACAGGAACACACAGUCCUCCUCCAGCCCCAGCUUUUUAGUCCAACACUGCUCCCGCACCUCCCCUUACUGCAGCAGAACCUCUUAAAGCAGUUCCUCCCUUCAGCAGCAGAGAGUCUCCAACAGAGGAACCUCCUCUCUCCACUCCAGUUCUCCCCAGACAGCCUGUUUUCUCUACAGCAGCAGAUGCUCCAGUCCUUCUACCUCUCUGGAGAUCUGCAGCUCAACCCUAACAUGAACAUUAGUCAGAUCACCUCAGCCCUCUCCCUCCAGACCAUCGCUGCCCUCUCCUCUCAGACAAAUGGGCUUAAACAUCCCUCUCCAAAGCUGGUGACAACUAGCAUCCAGUCUCCAGCCCAGCCCCCGAAAUGUGAGACCCAGGCUGAGACAGCUGACAGUGACUCCCCCCUUCACCAGAUGGAGAAAGAGUCAAAUCCAUCCUCAUCUCCUGAGGGAGGUGGAGAGAUGCAGGAGAGUGAGAAGAGGGAUGGAGCAGAGAAGGCCCUCAGAGUUCUGCUGGAGAGAUAUGGCUGGGAGCUGGCCCUGCAAUCCAAUCAGAGCAGACAGAGACAGCAGAACAGAGAGAUGGAGGGAUGCCUGGAGGACGAGAAGCAGUAUGGAGAAUGUGGGAAGCUGUUCUCUGACUCUCUGAUCCUGAAGAGCCAUCAGGAGUUUGUUCACCAGCAAAUGAUCUCUCCGGUAGUGUUGGAGACGUUCUCCAGACAGUAUGACUGCCUCUACCCCCUCACACCCUUCCCAGUGGGGGACAACGAUAAUACUGUUGUUGCACAUCUAACCCCAGCCACAGCACUUGUACUUGCACCCUUACCCCCAGCACCAGUCUCAGAUUCAAUCUUUGACCAAGCCCAAUCCCUCUCCCAAGCCUCCAUAGUUCCAGAUCAAGCUGUACCCACCAUACCGGCAUCUGUACCUGUAACCUUGUCCACAGACCAAGCCCCAGUUAAUUCCUUCUGCCCAGCCCAAGCUUCACCAACACCCUCUCCUCCACCCUCUUCCCAAACACAACCACUUCCAGAGCAGCAGCAGGACACUACAACAUCGACAACCACCCCUGCCCCCUCUCCAACUAUCAUACCCCAGUCCAAUCUCUCCAUGCAUUUCCCCUUAUCCCAACUCCCCCUGCCCCCUCUUCCUUUACCAAGCCUCCCCACUCUUCCCUUCCCCAUAGACCUCUCUCUCCUCCCCCUUGGUCUAAUGCAGCCCAUAAUACUCCAGUCUAUGCUUCAGUACCAGUCCCUGUUAUCAUCUGGCCACCAACCACCCCUAUCCCUAUUCACCAACGCUCACUCCAUCCACAAAGCAUCUCUACCCUCAUACACUAACACACACUGUGAUCCUAGUCCAUCUCUACCCUCAUACACGAACACACACUGUGCUCCUAGCCCAUCUCUAACCUCAUACACGAACACACACUGUGCUCCUAGUCCAUCUCUAACCUCAUACACGAACACACACUGUGCUCCUAGUCCAUCUCUAACCUCAUACACGAACACACACUGUGCUCCUAGUCCAUCUCUAACCUCAUACACAAACACACACUGUGCUCCUAGCCCAUCCCUGCCCUUUCUGAAGCGUAGGCUGGAGGAAGGGACAGCGGUAACGCCUAUGAGGGAUGUGAUGGACGGUGAGAGAGAGGAAGAGGGUGAUGAGCAGAGGAGGGCUAGGCGCCAGAGGACCACCAUCAGUUCGGAGCAGCUAGAGGUUCUGUACCAGCGCUACAGUCUGAACUCCAACCCAACCCGCUCUGUACUGGAGGGCAUCACCAGGGACACAGGCCUGAAGAAACGUGUAGUGCAGGUAUGGUUCCAGAACACCAGGGCUCGUCAGAGGAAGGGCCAGCUCCAGACCCUGGGGAGAGGAGGAGGUCUGUGUCUGGGUGAGAACAACAGGCGCUGUCCGUUCUGCAGGGCUCUCUUCAAGGCUCAGAACGCCCUGGACGCCCAUGUCAGGGCCCACCACUGUUCACAGACUGACAGAGCUGCCUAUGGCUCAUUUAAUCAGAUGGGUCCUGCAGGUGACUCCAGCUUCUCUCACAACCAUUGAUCCUACAGAGACAGAGAGGGUCACUCUCUCUCCAUCCAGCCUUUUCCCUUUCUCUCCCAGCAUCCUCCUCUCUCUCCCUCCCUCCAUCCCUCCCCAAGCCCAUGGGGCGUCCCCACUGAGAGAAAAUACAUUUCUGGGAAAACCGAUUUGUCCUUUGACCUGAACAAACCCCAAAUUGAACUGUAGCAAUCUGUUGUCUCUGGGAUACAAUUAUGGAAUGGCGAGCUUCAACGUUCAAGACUGUGACCAGAACACCAGUCCAAGUCUGUCUGAGUGUGGAUAGGCAUGUACCGAGACAGCAGCAGAGGCCGCGUACCCAGAUGACCCACCAGCAGGUUGCCUAACUCCGUCUGCUACAGGGAGCAAUCCAGCCCCCUGCGGUGUGAGGGCCUGGCAUGCAGGGUAGUGCAGGUGUGGUUUCAGAAUAACCGGGCCAAAGAGAAGAGGGCCAUGAGCCUUAGAGUCGACCCAACCACAGGAUAGAGAGAGACUGCAGAGGACAGGGGAGAGAACACACAGCCAUGAACCAAGUGCACGUCAGUCACAACAAUGAACCAACCACAGACACAGCCAUGAACCAACCUCACAAAGAGCCAUGAACCAACCACAUGCCCAAGAAGCCAAAGAGCAUUCUACCAGUGUACCUCAUCCCCUCCUCAGCCCCAAAACAUCACAGGGCAUACCUCCUAGAGCUUUAAGUCACAACUCCUCUGUUCCUCCCUCUCUCCUCUCCUGUCCUUUCUUCCAACCGAUACCUCAGGAGUUAACCCCUCCAUGCCAACAGAUGUCCCUGUCGAGACCAUAUCAUCUGGAGAAUCAGGAAAUGGUAUGUAAUCUUCCCACUUCUGUUUAAAGACUUUACUAGUGUUGUAGUUCUGUUGCAAGUACGAACAGAUUCUAUCAAGAUAGUCCAAGACGUUUGGUGUAUAGAAAGAAAGAAACAAAAGCCGCUACGGAAAACAAAAAUAAAGAAUAUUCUUCACAAAGAGCUUCUGCAAAGACCGGCUUGGAUUCCAAAGCUUGUAACCAAAACCUUACAUGUCCUUGGAUUGUGUUGUCAGCAUGGUGGUUUUCAUUUCCUGAACUGCAGUACAGACCAUACAGUGAAGGGUAGAUCUGAGACCGGUGUAGUACUAGGUGUGCGGCAAAAGACUGACUGGCCUAUGUGGUGCCGAAGCAGACCUCAACCUUCUCAAGCCAAUGGUGACUCUAUUGCACAUGUACAUGUUCCGUAGGUGGAUAAUAGGCCAAAUAGCACUGAGAGAAGUCCACUUUGUCCUUUAAGAGAGACGUCAUAUAAGAAGCUAUUUUGAUCAUGUCCAACCAAUAUAUGUCACAACCACUCCAACCAAACACUACACAACAUUGUUUAGUAAAUGUUAAUGAAUAUGAAUAUUCUGGAUUGACGGUUGUUGUUAUGCUUUGAUAAGACAAGUGCUGUUUUGUGGUUUAUGAGAACAUAAUGUAGGUGUUAUGAUGUGGAGUUUAGGGAAGAUGUUACCACGCACUCUAACCAUCUCUCUCUCUGUGUAUGACGUCUUCUUACUCUCUCUGCAUUAAUAUUACUGUAGUAAUUAUGAUAAUAACAACAGUAAUAACUAUGCUAAUAUAUCAUGCUUUAAAACACAACCCAAAGACAUAAUAGCACUGUAAUCAUUGGUGCAUAAAGCCCACAAAAACAACUUGAUAAUGUAUCAUUGAAUGAUGGAAAGAAGAGAGACUGUAUACGAACUGCUGUAUCUGCCUCUUCACCAGGCCACUGGUGACUGUAUACUGAAAUCUCCAUGCAACCUACUGCUGUACUAGGAUGGAGUAGCACUUCUCAAAGCCAAACUCCCCAGGCCCUAGUGCACUGGGUAGAAGAGUACUCAGUACGGAACCAACCCCCAGCCCCUAGUGCACUGGGUAGAAGAGUACUCAGUACGGAACCAACCCCCAGCCCCUAGUGCACUGGGUAGAAGAGUACUCAGUAGGGAACCAAACCCCAGACCCUAGUGUACUUAGUAGAAUAGUACUCAGUAGGGAACCAAACCCCAGCCCCUAGUGUACUUAGUAAAAGUACUCUACUCAGUAGGGAACCAAACCCCAGCCCCUAGUGUACUUAGUAAAAGUACUCUACUCAGUAGGGAACCAAACCCCAGCUCCUAGUGUACUUAGUAGAAGAGUACUCGGUAGGGAACCAAACCCCAGCCCCUAGUGUACUUAGUAGAAUAGUACUCAGUAGGGAACCAAACCCAGCCCCUAGUGUACUUAGUAGAAGAGUACUCAGUAGGGAACCAAACCCCAGCCCCUAGUGUACUUAGUAGAAGAGUACUCAGUAGGGAACCAAACCCCAGUCCCUAGUGUACUUAGUAAAGGUACUCUACUCAGUAGGGAACCAAACCCCAGCUCCUAGUGUAAUCAGUAGGGAACUACUUCAGAGCCAUUGCAGUAGAGUGGUUGAAAUUCUUUCCUCCUCGAUGUAACCAACCAGAUAGAUUGUUUCAGCUCAGUCUUUGAGGACGUCCAGUUUGCUGCUCAGUCUUUGAGGACGUCCAGUUUGCUGCUCAGUCUUUGAGGACAUCCAGUUUGCUGCUCAGUCUUUGAGGACGUCCAGUUUGCUGCUCAGUCUUCGAGGACGUCCAGUUUGCUGCUCAGUCUUCGAGGACGUCCAGUUUGCUGCUCAGUCUUUGAGGACGUCCAGUUUGCUGCUCAGUCUUCGAGGACGUCCAGUUUGCUGCUCAGUCUUUGAGGACGUCCAGUUUGCUGCUCAGUCUUCGAGGACGUCCAGUUUGCUGCUCAGUCUUUGAGGACGUCCAGUUUGCUGCUCAGUCUUCGAGGACGUCCAGUUUGCUGCUCAGUCUUCGAGGACGUCCAGUUUGCUGCUCAGUCUUCGAGGACGUCCAGUUUGCUGCUCAGUCUUUGAGGACGUCCAGUUUGCUGCUCAGUCUUCGAGGACGUCCAGUUUGCUGCUCAGUCUUCGAGGACGUCCAGUUUGCUGCUAACGUAUUUUGAAAUAUUGCAAUAACUGUUAUAACAUCCAUGAUGCAGUUUAUAACCUGACCUUUAAUUCUGAUGUUAUCAAAGAGAUACUUGGGGCUCCAGUAUUUACUCAUUAAUGAAUUACUAUGUGACAGUGGUUUCUAAACAAAGCUACAAAGAAAAUACUUCUAUACUAAAGAUCCUGCAUAGCUAUGCUUUGCAGGUUGGAUUGUAUCUAGCCCUAAACCUUCCACAGGUCUGUGUACCAGUCUGUUUCUGCUCUUGUGUCACUGGCUUGUUUAGUCAUGUAGCUAGCCAUGUUUGUCUCUGCUUUAGGCCAGGCAACAAUGUAGCCAUGUAGUGACAUAGACACGUAUCCAUGCAGCCAUGUAGCUGAGUAGCCACAUAGUCAUGUAGCCACAUAGAUUGUAACAAUGUAGCCAUGCAGCGGAACUGGACACAGAAACCAGGCUAAUCUUCCAAAGAAUGCUAACUAACCCAGUUCUAGCUCUAAAACCAACCACAAUACCAAUGAUCUUUUUCUGUACUGAAAUUCCAAAUAAUGUACUACAUGGCAGUUAUGUACAUAUUGUUGUUUUGUUCCUUUUCCUCAUUUUAUCAUUUAACUGUAAGAUGUAAAUAUUGUUUUUUAUUGUUCCCGGAGGCUGUUGCCAUAGUGAUAACCAAAAUAUACCUGUUUUGUGCACCUGUCCCAGUCUCUUUCACCAGUGGUUGUUUGUUCGUUCUCCCCAGUUCUCCUACAGAUGUUUUCUCCCCCUCCCCACUCAAUAGCCACUGAGGUAAAUAAAGUCUGGUUUGGUGUACAUAUUUUCCUUGUGCGUGUGUGGCCGAUGUGAAAUGGCUAGCUCGUUAGCGGUGGGUGCGCGCUAAUAGUGUUUCAGUCGGUGACGUCACUCGCUCUGAGACCUAGAAGUAGGGCCGCGGCUUUUGUGGAGCGAUGGGUAACGAUGCUUCGAGGGUGACUGUUGAUGUGUGCAGAGGAUCCCUGGUUCGAGCCCAGUUUGGGGCGAGGAGCGUGCUUGUGUUUCAUUUGCCUGUCCCCACAAGGAAAAAGGCUAUUUUAGGAUUAGAAUUAGAGUUAUAAAUUGGGGUUAAGGGUUAUAAUUAGGGGUUAGGAAAAAAUAGGGCUUUGAAAGGGAAUCCAUUUUGUUUGGUCCCCACAAUGAUAGUAAAACAAACUGUGUAAGUACAUCAGUGACAUCCAGCCAGUUGACUUUCCUUUGUGAAUAAAUUAUAUGAUGAAUAUUAAUGACCUCGCAUGAAUUAAACUGCUGCUAAUGCUGGGAUGGGUAUGGUGGAGGGGGGUUGAAGUAUGGGGAGGGUAUAUGUGUGUGUGUAGGGUGUAUAUAAUGUUUAUUACCUACCUGUGUAUGCAUAUUUGAUGCUGUGGGGUUACAGGAAGGAGGUUUAAGGAGGGGGGAUAGUAGGAUGUAAUGUCAUGCACUGGAAUAUCAGCGAUCCUGGGGGAGGGGUCAGGGAGAGAGAAUAGAGAGGGGGGGAGAGACCAGAAGGGUUAUAAUGUCAUUGGUAUUGUUGUGUAUGUAGGCUCAUUUAGAUUUAAAUUGGUUCUGUGUGAGCAGAGGAGAAAAGCCAGUUCAUGUUUAUUCAUGAGUCUCUUGGCUCAGCCACCAGUUAAAGACACAGGACUCUGUUUUCACUGAUAACACCCCCACUCCAGCCUCAACCCCUGCACUAGCAGAUUAUUUUUCAUGA